AUGUCUUCCCCCGCUUCGUCGUCGAAAUGGUCUGGUCUGAAGGUCAGGUCCUCGCAGCCGUCACAACCAUCUCCCGGCCAGGGAACACAAGAGACUCCCAGAGAGAAGGUUGAGCGGCUACGGGCCCAGGCUCGCGCCAAUCGCAUUGCACAGUCGUUUUCUCCAAUGGAUAAGAUAGUAAAUAGCGGAAGGACGUGGGCGGAUCGUUUUCACAGGGGGGCGGUUUACUCGCUUAUUGCUGCCUCUGGAAUCGCUGGAGUUUUGACCAUUUAUUCAAUGGCAUCGUUGAUCUUGCACAACCGGCGGCAGCGGGAACUAUUUAUCGAAAAGGAAUUGGAGAGUCUCUUAGAUGCUAGAAAGGCAUAUGUUUCCGGAACUGCGACCGCACAACAGAUCGAGCUGCUACGGAAAGAAAAGGCUGCGGACGAGGAGAAGCGGAUGCGGGAUGAAGCGAAGAAGCAGACCAUGUUUUAUAAGGCCCGGAGCUGGCUCUUCGAUGGCCCAGAUGCCAUAACGACCACCAGCUCAGACACCGAACCACACACCCAGUCACAACAAAUAUCCGAUCUAAACACAGCCCAGACAGCACCUGCUACGCCCGCCCUGCCUACAGAACCUCAAGGGGGCGAAACAGCCAACCCUAACUCCUCGAACUCGAGUUGGUCAAGUUGGAUACGCUGGGGAGGGACCAGUAAAUAAAGAGGCCUUCCUCCGGGUUUUCUUUCGCCAUUGUCACCCUUUUCGACUUUAUAUUCCUCGGAACCCUAGUUGCUCCCUACCAGAGUAUAUCUUAAACAUUCUCCUGUGUAUAAUAACGAAACCGUCUACUUUUUGUUUCCAUUGCUCCACCCUGGGUCGGGUUUGGCAACGGUACACAAGCUGGCUGUACGAUGUGCUAGAGUGUGAAAUAUUAAUAUUCUCUUCUUAGCCUACUAUUGGACUCUUUCUGGUGCUUGGUUGCAUUGCAUGGACAGCAUAGCUUUUGAAUUGUUAUUACUCUGGUUAAAACCGUGCUUUGAUGCGCACAUAUUGCUAGGAUGUUCUUACGGAAGAUCAGCUUUAGUUGCAAUUAAUCUUGACAUUCUACUUAUUUCCAGGGCUCCUCUUGGUUACGCAGCUGGUGACUUCACUGCUACAUAUAUCAGAAUACUUGAUAUAUUCUCCAUACUCCAUACAUCACCCCAUACAACCAUACGAAUCAGCUCGACAGCCCCAUGACGGAUGACCAGCUGCAUAAAAACGGCUUCCACUUGAUACGUACAUCCCCGUCGAUAUAUGAACACCAGACUUGACGUGGCAAGGCCUUUCAACUGCAGCCACGCCUAUCAU